AUGGCUAUGGCAACAUCUAUGUUGCCACUCUUUCUGUCCCUUGUUUCUCUGUGCAUCAUCAAUGCAAACGGAGUGUGUUCUUUUGAAGAGAAGAAGAUAUUCAAUGUGCAAAUGUUGCAGAAGAAACGGCAACUUGAAAACCAGGGUUGCCUCCUUCCGGAAUCAAGACGGGAGAAAGGUGCUAUUGUGCUGGAAAUGAAGGACACGGGACACUGCUCAGAGAAGAAAAUUGAUUGGAACAGAAGGCUUGAGAAGCAGUUAAUAUCAGAUGAUAUUCGCGUUCGUUCAAUGCAAAACAGGAUAAGAAAACUAGUCUCAAGCAAAAACGUAGAAGCUUCACAAACCCAAAUUCCAUUAGCUUCUGGUAUAAACUUGCAAACCUUAAACUACAUUGUGACAAUGGGAUUGGGAAGCAUGAAUAUGACUGUGAUAAUUGACACCGGAAGCGACUUGACAUGGAUCCAAUGUGAGCCUUGCAUGUCAUGUUACAAUCAACAAGGACCAAUGUUCAAACCUUCUUCCUCCUCUUCCUAUCAAUCAGUUUCAUGCAAUUCAUCAACCUGCCAAUCUCUUCAAAUUUCAACAGGAAACACAGGAGCUUGUGGAAGUAAUACAUCAACUUGUAACUAUGUGGUUAACUAUGGUGAUGGAUCCUACACUAAUGGUGAUCUAGGUGUUGAGCAACUUAGUUUUGGAGGUGUUUCAGUGAGUGAUUUUGUAUUUGGUUGUGGUAGGAACAACGAAGGUCUGUUUGGAGGAGUCUCUGGCCUUAUGGGUUUGGGAAGAAGUUACCUCUCAUUAGUGUCUCAAACUAAUGCCACAUUUGGAGGAGUUUUCUCAUACUGCUUACCAACAACAGAAGCAGGUGCAUCUGGGUCAUUAGUUAUGGGUAAUGAGUCUUCACUUUUCAAGAAUGUUACUCCCAUCACUUACACUAGGAUGCUUCCAAAUCCACAGCUUUCCAACUUAUAUAUUCUCAAUCUCACUGGCAUAGAUGUUGGUGGAGUGGCUUUGCUGGCUCCAAGCUUUGGCAGUGGCGGAGUUUUGAUUGAUUCUGGCACAGUGAUAACAAGAUUGCCCUCAUUUGUGUACAAGGCUUUGAAGGCAGAAUUCUUGAAACAGUUCACUGGCUUUCCUUCAGCACCAGGGUUUUCAAUUUUGGAUACUUGUUUCAAUCUCACUGGAUAUGAUGAAGUGAGCAUACCUACCAUAAAUAUGCAUUUUGAGGACAAUGCUGAGCUGAAGGUGGAUGCAACUGGCACAUUCUAUGUGGUGAAAGAGGAUGCUUCCCAAGUUUGCUUGGCCAUUGCAAGUCUUUCUGAUACAUAUGACACUGUUAUUAUAGGGAAUUAUCAACAAAGAAACCAAAGGGUAAUAUAUGAUACCAAACAAUCCAAAGUGGGAUUUGCUGGGGAACAAUGCAGUUUCUCUUGA